CUUUGUUGCAACUCGAUUCCAAAAUGUAAAAAUUGGCCAACUCUUGUUUUCAAUUUUCGAAUUUGAAUUUAUUCCAGCUGAAUAUUCAAUAUUUUCAUGUUUCAUUGGCAUAUUUGCGAUAAAUAUUGGCCUAAUUCAAUCAAACAACUUGUAUGUCUUCACGGAUUGUGUUUGAAUCUCAAACUUCUGGGUAAUAUUUGUAUGGAGUUGCUCAUACUGAUACAUUCAACCAAGCACUUAUGUCAUUGUUCCCAACAAUUGGAUACAACACCAGUAGCCAUCCAGUGUAAGAGGAGGUCGAACAUUUUCAAUUGAGGUAUCGUUCCAAUUUUCAAUAUGCCUCCUAAAGGCAAACGAAACAGCCUUCUCACUGUGAGAAGUGACAUCAUUAAAAAUCUAUCUUGGCUUUAUACUGAAUAUUUCAAUUUUAAAAUCAAUGAUGAAAAUGAUUUUCAAAAACUACUAGCAGUCAAAACUAAAUUGCUCAACUUUGAGCAGCAUUAUGAAAAGAUAAGCCUGGAAUUUGAUUCAGAUGACAUUGAUGACAAUGAACAUCAAAUUGUCACAGAAAAAUUUUUAAUGUUAAUUGCUAAUGUAAAUACAAUUUUGAAAAAUUAUGAUUCACAGCAGCAAGUUGCUACAUUUCAAGCACCAGCAAUGGAACAUCAGUCACCAAACUCCUCUCCAGUUCCCAAAUCACCGGGGUCUGUAGAUCAUAAUAGUGUAAUCAACACAAAUCAAUCGCCAUGUGCUUCAGUGACUGCUAAUAAUGUCAAUUCUCUGCCUUUGCAACCCACUAUGCCUAUUUAUCAAGGUCUACAAUUACCAAUGGUACCGUUACCAGAAUUUUCAGGUUCCUUUGAUUCAUGGCUUGAAUUCCGUGAUACCUUUUCCAAUAUGGUUAUUGAAAACCAAACUUUGGCUCCAGCUACAAAGCUGUAUUAUUUGUGCAAAGCUCUCAGUGGUGAAGCCCUUGCACGCAUUCAGAAUAUUCCUCCAGGGAAUAGAAACUUUGAGCUUGCAUGGAAUCUGCUUACACAGAGGUACAAUAACCCCAGAUUAAUUGCAAGUACCCACAUUAAAGGUAUUGAAUCACCCCCAGCACUCAAGAAAAAUUGUUCCAAAUCUCUUAGAGCUUUCAUUGAUCACUGUAAAUGUCACAUUAAUGCUUUAGAAGCGCUCAAAUUGGAUGUUCAACUUAAAGAUUUACUUUACAUGCAAAAAAUCACUUCUCAACUUGACUCUAAUAUCUUGCGCGAAUGGGAAAAAUGCAUUGAAAUAAAUGAAAUCCCUACUAUGGAUAAACUGUGGGAAUUUCUUGAAAAUCAAUGUAAGGUAAUGGAUGCUAUUUCAUCUCAUAGCCCCUCAAAUCCACCAACUAAUCAAAAGGUUUUUACUCAAGCUACUUCAAAUGCACCAAUGUUAGGCAAAAUACUCGUCCUUUUGCUCAAAAUAAUACUCUGA